AUGCCCUUACCCAACUUUGACUCUAUAAAAAGCAUUGCAGUGGGAAAAGAUAACCCCAACAAGCAGCAGAUUGUACAUAUUCUGAAAGCAAUCACGGACCAAGAGGUUCCACCAAAGCAGAAACAUAUUCGUGGCAUUAUUUUGGCGACUUUUAAUGGAAGAUCAUCCUCUUUUUUCUAUGACACUGCGCUGAAGCUUGCUAUAUAUACUAAUCCAGUGGUUUGUUGGAAAUUUCUGUACGUUAUUCAUAAACUAUUUCGAGAUGGACAUCGUGAAUGUAUAAAUGAUGGAUUGCGUCAUGCAACUAGGGUGUCACAGUUGCAGUCCGCUUGGAGUAAUCACGCUACAAAGUGUGGAUAUCCGAUCGUAGAUUUCUGUCAGCUCAUAAUCCGUAAACUUCGUUUACAUAGAAAGUAUGGAAUAUUACCUGGGUGCCUUGAACUUACUCCAAGUGAACUGAAGAACUGUCUUUCUGCUCAAGCUGAUCAUUUGUUUCAGUUUAGUGUCGAUCUCAUGGAUAUGCUUGAGGAGACUUUACGUUUUAAGGAUGUUGUCCUUCUUUCUGUAGAAGGUAUUCAAGCCGCUUCAUUCACUCCACCUGGUCAGUGCAAACUGGUACCUCUUAUUCAAUGUAUUCAAGAUUCUGCAGCACUGUAUGAACUGAGUGUACAGGUUAUCUUCAAGUUACAUGAAUUAUUAGGCAAUGGAACAAUGUCUGGUCACAGGGAACGUUUCAAAGAACUUCACGUAUCAGUCAAACGAUUUUUUGAGAAUGUUUCUCACAUGCAAUACUUUCGUUCAUUUGUUCAUAUUCCUUCAAUCUCACAGAAUCCACCAAAUUUUUGUAUUCAGUCAGAAUUGGAUGAACGUACUACACUGAGAGUUACUAUGAAUGAAACACCACCACCACCACUGUUGAAAACACAGGAAACCACAUACACAUCAUCAACAACACCAGUGGCUACACCAGAUGAAAAUCGUCAACUUUCCGGUGAUGAAGAUGAUUCUUUCGAGUUAGCCAUUAUACCUAAAAUUUUAUCACCAAGUUAUUUGAAUAAAUCACCAAUUAAGGAAACACCAGUAAUGUCAUCAAAAGAAAGCAAAAUGGAUUUCAGUGUCAAUGAUGACCAUAAUCAUAAAUAA